AUGUCCGACCAUCUGCGCCAAGUUCCCGUGGGACAAGUGCACUCGGUGCCUGGGCACCACCCAGUCCGACGGACAUCCCUGCGAAGUAUUCCCGGCUCUGUGCACCUCACUUCGACGAAGGUCGAGACCGGCGACCCUGAGACUCCCGGAUACCGGGCCACUCCACUUCUCGACUUUCUCAACCUCUCAACCUCUCAACCCGGCCCAACCCUGUCCGAACUGCGAUCAACAUCAUCGCCAUGA